AAUAAAGGGUGCUCUUCAAACCACGCAUUAUUGAUGAGGUCGGUAAUUUAGUUCGUAAAACACAAACAUUCACUCGAUGACUAGUCUAUUCUAUAUGUCGCCUAUGGUCUUAUCACCGACGAGUGCGAUUUUUUCGUUUACUGUUGCCAAAUACUAACACGAAAAGAUAUUUCUAAUAUUCUUAGCAAUGUCUUCGUAAUAAUUCUGAUAUGUAAUGCUGAUCUCGAACAAUAUUUCUGUAUGAAAAUUUGAUAGAUUAAUGUUCUUGAUGUACCAAAGAAAGUAUUUCGAAUUUCGAAUUGUCAUCAGAGCGCACCUACGGGCGCCAGUAUCCAAAAAGACGUGUGGUUCAUAACCUUUGAAACGCAGCGUUUAAUCUCGGGAUUGUUUAACUAUUAUUAUUAUUAAGAUAAGACAUGAAUUGUUGUAAUAAACGUUUGUGCCGAAAUCAGUCGUAACAAUGGCCGUACCUCCUUCCUUUAGCGUUGGUGAUAUUGUGCAUUUAAAUGUUGGUGGAACAAGAUUUUCAACAUCAAAGCAAACAUUAACAUGGAUCCCAGAUUCGUUUUUCACUGCUUUAUUAAGUAAUAGAAUCGCUAGUCACAGAGAUGAAAUUGGAGCAUUAUUCAUAGACAGAGAUCCAAAGUUGUUUUCUAUUAUUCUGAAUUAUUUACGCACAAAAGACAUUGACUUAAAGAAUGUAGAUCUUAGAACAUUGAGGCACGAAGCUGAAUAUUAUGGUAUUACACCAUUAGUUAAACGUUUGAUGUUGUGCGAGGAUUUGACUCAGUCUUCUUGUGGAGAUGUGUUAUUUUAUGGUUAUUUACCACCACCAAGUAUACCACUGCAAGAACCUACUACCAUUCCACCUAAUGUAGGGGAUGUUUCUGUUCAUGGUAGAGUUCCUGCUAAUACUACUAACUCUAGGGUAGAACUACCAUCCACUUCACAAAGUACAACUCCUGCAAGUUCUAGUACUAACCACAACAGUAAUGGGCAACAAAACCAUAAAGGAGCGCUUGGAACACACGUAAGGAAUUCUUCAUUGGAUUGUAGAAUUCAACAAAGAGGUUUACCACACUCCCGUACAUCAUCUCUAGAUUUAAGACAUGUUAGGAAUAAUUCAGCAGACUUGAAUAAGUUAUAUAAAAAUGACAUAAGUUUAGUGUUCGGCCCCCAACAAGUUUCAUCAUGGGUCGAUCCUCUAAGGGUUCAAAUCAUAAAAGCACAUCACAAUUGGAUUGUAAUCGCUUACGCGCAUUUUAUAACGUGCUACCGACUUAAAGAUUCGUCAGGAUGGCAGCACGCAUUUACUAGUCCCCAUAUCGAAUCAGUGAUCGAAAGAGUAGCGAUAACUUCGAAAAUGAGCACUAGCGGCGAUAUUAAAAUGGUUGCUAUUUCUUACGGAAAUCAAGUAAGAUUAUGGAGCGUUUCAACGAAUGGGAUAAAAACUAACAUCGGUACAUUCAACUUAAACGUUCGCGUGGAAUAUUUAUUUUUUAUUGGAAGUCAAUUAGUGGCUCUAUCCCCUACCGAUAAAAUCGGAGUAUGGCAUGCUAUGACGCAUCAUUGGCAGAUACAAGAUGUAGUGCCCAUUUUAUCAUUUGAUACAGCUGGGUCUUUCCUUCUACUGGGUUGCAACAAUGGAUCUAUUUAUUAUAUUGACAUGGAAAAGUUUCCUUUGAGAAUGAAGGAUAAUGAUCUACUUGUAACCGAACUGUACCGCGAUCCAAAUUACGAUCCCAUUACAGCCGUAUCCGUUUAUUUAACACCAAAAACAUCUCUCUGUGGUAAUUGGAUUGAAAUCGCGUAUGGCACAAAGUCCGGCAGUGUGAGGGUUAUAGUUCAACAUCCUGAAACUGUAGGACAUGGUCCACAAUUAUUUCAAACAUUUACAGUACAUCAGAGUAGUGUGACAAAAGUCACAUUAUCAGAAAAGUAUUUGGUAUCAGUAUGUUCUGAAUACAACCAUGUUAGGAGUUGGGCAGUGAAAAGAUUUCGUGGAAUGAUUUCUACUCAACCUGGAUCAACACCUGAAGCUAGUUUCAAAAUUGUAUCUUUAGAGGCAAUUGAACCUUGUAUCAGUUAUAAUGCUGGGAAUGAUUUUGGACCAUUUGGAGAACAGGACGACGAACAAGUAUUUGUUCAAAAAGUUGUACCUGAAACUGAUCAGUUAUUCGUUCGUUUAGCAUCAAACGGAAAACGGGUUUGCGUAAUCAAAUCAGUAGAUGGUAGUAUUAUAAGUUCAUUUUACGUGCACGAAUGCGAAGGAUCUAGCCGUAUGGGUUCAAGACCCAGGCGUUUUAUAUUUACUGGACAUUCUAAUGGUACCAUUCAAAUGUGGGAUCUUACAACAGCUUUACAGCCAUCUUUUUCUUCUACUCAAAAUGUUUCUGGGGGGCCUACACCAGAAGAACUUUGGAAACUGUUAGAUCAAUGUGAUUUAAGUAAUAGCUAUUCAUCAACACCGUGUAUUAGUCCGUGUCCCUCGCUUAUUUCAUCAGGUCCAACUAUAAAGACAAGCAAUGUAUUGUUUCUCAACCAGUCACAAAACUCCGAAGCAACACCUGGACCUAGCCAAACGUAAUGAUAA